AUGGAGAGAAAGAAAACGCUUACCAUGAACUGGGAUGCCCUGGGAGACCAUGAUCAUGAUGAUGAUGAACGUUUCUUUGAGACCUACGACCGCCUAUCCUCCGUUGUUCCUAUCGAUUUGGCCUCUUCUGGUUCCGACGAUGACGAUGAUUAUGAUGACACCCGGCUGUCCUUUGCCUCCGCCAUUUCUUCCCUUUCCACUACUGAAUUCCGAAACUAUGCAGCUGCUACCUUGUCCCCCAAGGAUGCUUCCAUGGCAGUUGCGAUGUCCCCAGACUAUGAUAUCUGGAUGGCAUCCCCUGGAUCCAUUACAGAACGUCGGAAGCGUCUCCUUCAAGGCAUGGGCUUGAAUAGCAAUAAAGAGCUUCUUAAAAUGGCAAGUAAAGGGUUGGUGCGUGAUGUUACCAAGAACAAUUGUGUCGUCAAGGAUGACGGUUCUAGUAUUGAUCACCAUGAUCAUAUUGAAGACUCCAAACAGGAGCCUUCCUCUUCAGUAUCGCUACCCGUUCUACUUGUGCGUUCGAGGUCCGACAGUGAUAUAGAAUCGUUUAGCGUUGAGAAGAAAAGGAAAGAAGAAUUACUUGGGUUGAUGUCGAAGCAAAGACUUACAAGAACGUCGUCAAUGAUAAUUGUGUCUCAUGGUCGACUGUUUCCGUCUCAAGAUUCAAACAUAGUCUCGCCCAAGGAUGCACGAAGGGAACGCUCAGUGGCGCACAGCAGCGCAUUGACUUCAAUAUUAUCAAAUAGCCGGUUUGGGGCUUUUUUCUUGAUAAAGAAUUUGGAUACUGGAAAAGAAUUUAUUGUUAAUGAGUAUGGUGAGGAUGGGAUGUGGAAUAGGCUCAGUGAUCUACAAACAGGGAAGCAAUUGACGAUGGAGGAAUUCGAAAAGUGCGUUGGCCAUUCACCGGUUGUCAAGGAGCUGAUGCGGAGAGAAAAUGUUUCUAGAUUGAACGGUAUUGAUCAAGAGGGAAAUGAUCGAAAAAUCAGUGCUAAUUCAUACCUUUCUAAGAGUUUGAGAAUGAGCAAAAGAAGGGGGGCGGCUCUUUUGAAAAACAUAAAAGGUGUGGCUUACUCUAUGUCUAUGAGCGGAUCGUCAAGAAUUCAGGAUCCAAAACCGGAGUCAAAGUUGAGCAAGAAUUCUGCCUCAUCUGGAUGGAUAAAGGUUAGGCAGACAGGGAAAUCGUACAAGGAGCUAAGUGCUUUACAUCUAUGUCAAGAGAUUCAGGCUCACCAAGGAUCAAUUUGGACCAUUAGGUUCAGUUCAGAUGCACGAUUUCUUGCAAGUGGGGGUGAAGAUAGGGUUAUUCAUAUUUGGGAAGUGCAAGAAUGUGAAGUUAUGUCAUUGCAUGAAGGAAAUCUUACCCCACUUCAUCCAUCAUUAUGUAGCUCAACUCCAAGUCUAGGAGAGGUCUCGCCAAUGUCAUCAGAGAGGAAGAAGAAGUCGAAGGGUUCCUCUAGCAGGAAAGGUUAUUCGAUUCCUGAGUUCGUCCAUGUGCCAGAAACUGUGUUUUCGCUAUCCGAGAAACCAGUCUGCUCUUUCACAGGUCAUCUUGAUGAUGUCUUGGACUUGUCCUGGUCUAGAUCUCAGCAGCUGCUUUCAUCUUCAAUGGACAAAACUGUUAGGUUAUGGGACAUGGAAUCCAAGAGCUGUCUAAAGUUGUUUGCUCACAAUGAUUAUGUGACUUGCAUUCAGUUCAAUCCAAUGGAUGAAAGAUACUUCAUAAGUGGCUCCCUUGAUGCAAAAGUUCGAAUCUGGAACAUACCUGAUCGAGAACUGGUGGACUGGGCAGAUCUUCAUGAAAUGGUCACUGCUGUUUGCUACACUCCUGAUGGCCAGGGUGCUCUCGUUGGUUCACAUAAAGGAAGUUGUCGAAUGUACAAUGUGGAGGAUUGCAAGUUGAACCAGAUGGAACAUGUGGUUGUACAGAACAAGAAGCGGUCUCAAACAAAGAAAAUAACUGGUUUCCAGUUUUCACCAGGGAAUCCGGCUGAAGUGCUCGUUACCUCUGCUGAUUCUCGUAUUCGAAUUUUGGAUGGUUCAGAAAUUGUCCAUAAAUUCAGAGGUUUUAGAAAUAUCAACAGCCAAAUUUCAGCUUCAUUCAGUUCAGAUGGAAAACAUGUGAUAAGUGCCAGUGAGGAUUCUCAUGUAUACAUUUGGAAGCGACAAGAGCCUCAGCCUCGAGGAGGUACAGGAAAAGGCAAGAGUGUGAUCAAUACUCGAUCUCAUGAAAACUUCCAGUGCAGAGAUGUAUCAGUAGCCAUCCCAUGGAAUGGUACAGUAAAGGGUGAUCCCCCUCCAUUGCAGAUGCAUUCUAAAAGGCAAUCAAAACGAUCUUCUGCCCCCUCACAACCGCCAUCGGCCAGCAAUUCUCCCACCAAAGAAGAUGCAGCUGUAAAUAGUAAGCGACAUUUAUCGCCUUCAGCCAAUGAGUCACCCACUAGAGAGGAGAACUCUCCAGUUAAAAACAGCAAGAGACAAUUGCCACCUCUUCCAAAGAAAAACAACAUAGAUCGAUCUCAAACUCCUCCCGAAGAAGAUCUGUCUCCAAUCUCUCGUUCGGAUUCUGGCCUUGGAGAGUCAUUUGCUUCAAACUCCUCUUCAAUAAGAUAUGGUGAUUCACCUUCUAUUUCUGCUGCUCCUACACCAUCUUCUUCUUGGUCUUCCUCUUGGUUAUGGUUUGAUGGAGGUAGCCAUGCGAACCAAACCGUCCAAGCAACCGCAUGGGGCUUGGUGAUUGUGACAGCUACAUUAGGAGGCGAAAUCAGGACUUAUCAAAAUUUUGGUUUGCCUCGGAAGAUUGGCCGCCAAGGGAACCUAUUUUGA